AUGUCUUCCUCUGCCCCCCUCGAAAUAGCAUCUACAAUCCAGAGUGCCUCAAUAAAGCGCGAUCCAUCUCCCAACCAUGACAUAAAUCCCACUACCGCCGCCUCCAGCAAAGAGCCCGUAACUGUUCAUCCAGACUACGCAUUCGACGAUAAAGAUAGUAUCGAUGGCGAGGAAGAAAUAGAAGAUAUCCCCUACGAUGUUAUAAGACCAUUGCCACGGCGUGCGAGUUUCCCACCAAUACCCGAUUUACGAUUUGAGCAGAGUUAUUUGGCUAGUAUUGCACAUGCGGAUUCAUAUUGGAAGGUUGCUUUCAUAACGAUUAGAGAUCAAGUAUGCAUGCCACUCAUUCAAGGCAUUGCUGUAACCCUCCUCUGGGCUGGUUGGAAGCACUGGAACAAGAAUGCCAAACUUAGUGGCAACAGUGCCGGCGCCCGAGUCCGUCGAUGGUGGUACACGGUUAAUAACUGGCCGAUCAAGGAGAAGAUAGCAGAGAUCGGAAAGAAUGCGAAAUUGGCGGCGGAAUUGGGGGAUUAUUAUAAGACUCAAGCUUCUGCUGGAGAUUGA